UGAACAGCUGUGUUUUGGCGGCACGAAUUAUGGUUUUUGUGUUAUUGACUUAAAUUUGUUUAUCGAAUGGAGUAAAACGACACGUUUGAAUGGACAAAGGGUCAGAAAACAUCACGCAGUGCUUUCUUCCACAACUGGUCGAUAAAAUCUUUGAAAAUCACCGUUUUGGCCUCUCUGGGAGCCAACCAUUAGAGGAAGAACAGGGACAGUUGUUUUACGACCUCUCGCGGCUUCUGGGUGAAGAGCUGGUGGAACGAGCACUGCAUCUCUUAGACAGCUACACCUUCGUUUACUACCGUACUGGAGGAAACCGUCAGCGGUGCGUGGUGGAGCUGUGCAAGGGAACAGAGGUUUUCCGGCUGCUGCCUGACAUCAACUACUGCAAGUGCGACUUCUUCCAGAGCCAUGUGCUGCAGCUGCCCAGAGGCAUCCUCUACCACGAUAUUCCCAGUUCCCAGGAGCGGCAUCUAGCCGGUUGGAGCGAAGAGAGCUGGUCGUCCUACACCUGUCCGCACGUUCUGGCCCUGCGGUUCCACCAGUUGCUAAAGCCCAGAACGGAACAGCACAUUAAGCCGGAACAGUUUAGGCAGCUGUGUGGCGAUAUUUUCCGAGAUUAACAUGGAGGAGGCAUCGCC